AUGUCGUACCAAUCAGAAUCACGCCUUGAUUUUAAUUCUUUAUUUGUUGAUAAUGCUCAAGAUAAUAAUGAUAUUGACAAGGGUGAUGAAUAUGAGGACAUUGUAGGAGAAGCUUAUUGGCUUGGUAAGCAUGGCUUGUCAAUGGCACAAUCGGCUGAUGAUGUGUGGAAAAUAAUAUGGAAUAUGAAAGGACCUCCCAAGCUUGCCCAUUUCCUUUGGAAGGCGUGUAAGGGAUUCCUGGCGAUACGAGAAAGACUCCAUUAUCGUCAUAUGCUUAAGGAUAAGACUUGUUUGAUUUGUGGGAAUGGGGAUGAGUCUAUUAUAAAUGCUACAUUUGAGUGUAAGGCGGCUGUUGAGAUAUGGGCAGCUAGCAGUUAUAACUCUAUUGUUUCACAUACUCCUUCUCUGAAUUUUGGGAAUCGAUUGGUGUGGCUAGUGUCGAAGGUCUCGAGUGAGGAGUUGAGAUCAAUGGCCACUCGAAUAUGGGCGGCUUGGUGGUGUCAGAACAAGUUUGUCUUUGAGCAAAAGAGUGUGUGUGCUAUGAGUGUUGUAGCUAGAAUUUUUAUGGGGCAGAGUUCGCAUAACUUGCCCUUAGUGAGUGCGUGGCAAUAUUCGAAUGUGGGUGUCAUUAAAAUCAACUGUGAUGCCUAUGUUGGGAGUGUGACUAGUGACGAUGGGGGCAGGAUAGUAGCUGCAGCAGUUCGCCAGGAGAAGGUGGGCUGGCCUUCUGAUCUAGCUGAAGCUACUGCUUGCAAGUUCGGGCUCCAAGUGGCGUUUAGGCUGGGGUACUCAAAUGUGCAAUUGGAGAGCGAUGCAUCCAAAAUUGUUCAAGGAAUUAGGAGGAAGGCAUGGGAUCCUGAUAUAUACAGUCCAAUAAACUAUGAAGCUGAUUUGGAUACCGAUGAUGAGCUUGAAUUGCAGUUUUUGCAGGCCACACUUGAUGAUAAAGACAUAGCUUAUGAGCAGGUUUCUCCUGUUGACUGCGUAGACAAUGCCUCAUCAUCUGGUUCUUCCAGUUACAACUCCAAGAAAGUUGACCAUUUUGUUUCGAUGGGCUUUGAGGAGAAAUUGGUUCUUGAAGACUCCCUUGGAGAAGAUAUUGGUUCUUCUUCCAAGCCGAAGUCACCCACUCAUAUAAAUGAGGACUUUUUAGAUGAUUUUUCGGACUGUGAUAGUUCUUGUGGAGAGGCAGAGGGAAAAGAAAGAGAUGCUGAUUACAAAAACAAGACCAUAUCAAUAAUGGUUGAUAUGGGUUACAACCUUGAGGAUGUUCUAAUUUCUGUAGAGAGAUGUGGUUAUGAUGCGUCCAUUGAAGAAUUGGCCGAUUUUAUCUGUGCUGCUGAAAUGGCGAAAGUUGCUGAUGCAACAGAAUUCCCUGACCGUAGUCGAAAACUUGAGAAACCUCAGAUGGACAGAAAAAGAAAAUCUGUUCAGGUCAUCCAGAGGCCUAAAAAGAAACCAGUACCAGAAAGAAUGAUGGAGGAAAGAAAUUUCAAACAGAUGAUUGGGUUUGGGCUUCCAGGGUACCCUCCUGUUAGAACCAGUAGGAUACUACCUGAUGAGGCUUUAGGUCCCCCGUUCUUUUUUUAUGAGAAUGUGGCUUGUACUCCCAAGGGGGUUUGGGAACAAAUCUCCCGGUUCCUGUACGACAUUGAACCUGAGUUUGUGGACUCCAUACAUUUUUCUGCAGCUGCAAGGAAAAGAGGGUACAUUCAUAACCUUCCCAUCACGAACCGACAGCCUUUACUUCCAAUUCCACCAAAGACAAUUCAUGAAGCAAUACCUGAAGCAAAGAAGUGGUGGCCUUCAUGGGAUAAGAGAACAAAGCUGAAUUGUCUUUUAACUUGCAUUGGAAGUGCUCAAUUGACUGAGAGAAUUAGGAAGAGGGUUGAAUCUGGCGAACCUUCUGAAACUGAUAAAAAGUUUGUUAUCGAGCAAUGCAAGAAAUGGAACUUGGUGUGGGUUGGAAAGAACAGAGUGGCAGUCCUUGAACCUGAAGACAUGGAGAUGUUGCUUGGAUUCCCAAGAUUUUACACCAGAGGUGUUUGCCGGACUGACAGAUACAAAACCCUGGGUAACUCCUUUCAGAUCGACACUGUUGCCUACCAACUCUCAGUUUUGAAACCGAUGUAUCCAAGUGGCAUGAAUGUUCUUUCGCUUUUCUCUGGCAUUGGUGGAGCAGAAAUUGCCCUCUACAGACUUGGGAUCCCGUUGAAGAAUGUUGUGUCAGUGGAGAUUUCCAAUGUGAGCCGGGAGAUACUCAGGCAGUGGUGGUCAGAGACAGAGCAAGAGGGUAGACUUAUCCAUGUUGAUGAUGUUCAAACAAUUGAUAAUGAAAUGAUGGAUCAGUGGAUUGAAGAGCUCAAUGGAUUUGAUCUUGUGAUAGGUGGAAGCCCGUGCAACAACUUGGCUGGUGGCAACCGGAGGACCAGAGAUGGGCUCCAGGGAGAACACUCCUCUCUCUUCUAUCAUUACUACCGCAUCCUCGAGUAUGUCAGAAUGUCAAUGAAAAGAAGAGCAGCUUUCCUAUAGUUAGCAGCUUAACAACCAGCUUAUAUCCCUGUCAAAUUCACUGGCUUACAAAUAGAAAAUCUGAGAACUUUUGUAGGCUUAACAAUACACCAAAUUACAAACUUAUUCAAUUUAUUAUGCAUGCUAUUGCAUUGGCAUUAUACAACAGAAACAGGUAAAAUACUGCCUCGAGGACCUGAUUCAAUCUCAGUGUUUAGUUGAUUUCUUAGAGAUCUUACUCUAAAUAUUUGGAAACAAUUUUUCUUGUAUUAUUACUUGAGACAGCA